UCCCGACUCAGCACCCUCAGAUCUCUAUAGCUCUGUGCGCUCGCAGCCAACUUGAGCGUGUACCCAACACGGCGAGAUGGAAGGGAUGCAGAAAGCUGUGAAGUGGUACCCUCCUUCUUAUGAUAUCCGUGUCGAGCACGUUCCAAUCCCGAAGGUCCAACACCCGGACGACGUGAUCGUGAAGGUGCAGCUCGCGGGUCUUUGUGGAAGUGACCUGCACAUCUACCGUGGACACGAGGAUGUAGAUGCGGAGCUCAUCUGUGGGCAUGAGUUUGUUGGCACAGUGGUCGAAAUGGGCGGCAGCUUUGGUUCCCAUGCUCAACAACGUCCAGAGCUGUAUCGUACGCUCCGCCUCGGCGACAAGGUGGUCUCUCCGUUCACCGUGUCAUGUGGAGAAUGCCAUUUCUGUAGGGUGGGCUUCACCUGCCGCUGCAUGCAUUCUGUCCUCUUUGGUAUCCCCGCUCUGCCGGGCGGACAGGCCCAGUAUGUACGCGUCCCGAAGGCAGGUGGGACCUUGUUCAAGGUCGAAAGCGUCACCGCAGCAUCGAAGGAUGGCUCGGUUUCUUGCCUGGCAGACAGCUCUUUGCUUCUACUUGCAGAUAUUCUCCCGACCGGCGUGUUCGCAGCCUUGCAGGUCUUACAACAUGCCAAGACGUCACCGAUGUUGACUGCCAGCCCAUAUCCCUUUGGCGGCUUUGACCGAAUCUUGACCUUGGCAAUCGUGGGACUGGGACCCGUUGGAGUGUGUGCCGCAGUGAGCUUAUUAGAUAUGCUCAGCGGCAUACAGCAGACCAAGGAUGUUCAGUAUCGAGUUGUUGCGAUUGAUCCAAAUGAGUCUAGACGGGCCAAAAUGACGAAAAUUGCCGAAGCCAUUGGGGCUUCCAGAAAGUCUUUUGCAGUCGCGGACAUUCCGCAAGCUAAACGGACCGUAAGCGAAUGGACAAGCGGCAUAGGAUGCAAUGCGAUCCUUGAAGUUGUAGGUAAUAACAGCGCGCUCGAACUAGCCUAUGGGCUCGUGCGACCAUUUGGAUCUGUCAGCUCCGUUGGCGUGCACCAAGAACCACCGCUGCCGUUCAUGGGACGCGAUUUAUACAACAAGAACAUUUCGUUCGACUUUGGCAGAUGCCCAGUGAGGGCGAUGCUUCCAAUUGCCUCAAAAAUUCUGGCAAAAUAUCAGGCCGUGUUUGGCAGCAUUGGGGAAAAGAUUAGUCUGAUAGAACGGGUAGUUAGCUUGGAGGAUGCGCCAAAAAGUUACGAGCUGUUCGAUAAGGGGAAGUGUGGGAAAAUUCUGUUCGACCCUUGGAAGUAGGGGCUGGUCCUUCAGGCUGUAACACUCACUAUGGGCUUAAUGAGUAGCGGUUCAUACAUCCUGACAUGCCAUUCUAGGGAGCCUCGCAGGGGUCUGUUGGAUCGGAAUUUUUGCCCACGAAUAUACUGUGGCCGU